AUGAACACAGUAGAUGGAAAAUUAGUAGUGCUCGGUUCUCAAGGUGUUGGCAAAACCAGUAUGAUAAGUCGGUACUCAGGAAAAUCAUUAAAUCCACAUGCUAGUCCCACAAUUGGUGCAUCAUUUUUUAACUGUAAUAUAAAUUUGGAAAAUACAAGGGUAAAGAUUCAGAUAUGGGACACUGCAGGUCAAGAAAGAUUCAAAUCAAUGGCACCAAUGUACUACAGAAAUGCCAACGCUGCUCUUUUAGUCUUCGAUAUUACUCAAUACAACACAUUUUCUGCUGUAAAAUCGUGGAUCACUGAAUUACGAAGAAAUGUUGAGGGGCCAAUGGUAUUGGUUGUCGUAGGAAAUAAAAAUGACCUUUCGGAUCAACGUAAAGUUGAUUCGGAAGACGCUCAAAAAUAUGCAACAAUGAUUGGAGCUAGUUAUUACGAAACUUCAGUACUUCAUGAUGAAGGUAUCCUGAGAGUAUUUCAAUCUAUUGCCAUCGGUUUAGUUAGAUUAAAAAAUGGCGAGCAUCAUACAUCGAGAGACUCACCAAGUUCAGGAAUAGGCAGUUUUGAUUCAGAUUUUCCUCUUACACCAUCGAGUGAAGAGGCUCUCGUUAAUUCUAUUGCUCAUGGAAUACAUGAAAAACCACCAGCUAUUUUCAACUAUGCCCAUGCGUUAGAUCUUACCAUUGAUAAUCGUUUGUUUGUUACUCCCAGUGAUUGUUAUAGAAGAAUACUAAUUGGAUCACGUCUUCCAAAUUCUUCAGUGACAGCGACAUUUGAAGCAUUAAGUAUUUCAGAUUGCGAGAUAGCAUGUUCAGCAAAUAGGACAUCGUGCAGUUAUUUCAGUUUUGGCGUGGGAGCUAGGGGAAAUGGUACAUGUAUGCUCGGACAAAAUAUAACGCAAAACAUUACCACAUUCACUGCUGACACGAACUAUGACGUUUACGCCAAAGGACGUGUGUCUUUACUCGGAUGUCGAACUGGUCAGAAUAUUUCACCAAAUUUAUUCCAAUCAGUUGUCAACAGUCAAAAUAACGGAAAAACGGCUCCUACUUUAACUAUAAAUAAUAAGAAUGCUGGAAGAAUUUUUGGGAAUUCAAAUUGGGAAAAUAACUUUGGAAACUCUUUUUUUACAAAAAGAAUAAAUCAGAGCAAUUCAAUAUUACCGUUCCGUGAAAUUCCGACUUCUAAAAAUGAUGAUCAGACUAGAAUACUUGACAUUUUACAAAAUAAAAGAACAAAUAAUUACAAACACAGUAAUCCUUUUAAAGUAAAUGCGAUGAGUCACCCUUCUCUACAUCAAGAUGAUUUUGAAUCUUAUUACUCGAAUAAUUUUAAAGUAAAAGAUAAUUCAAUACCUAAAAUAAAGAAAAAGAAAAGUAGUGAAUUAUUGUUCGGACAAAAAAUAGUCCAUCCGUUAGAAGAUUUUGAAACGUUUUCUAUUCAAAAAGAUUAUGAUGAUAAGAAUUAUCCUACGGCAAUCGAAUUUUUUUCGGAUUUUGGUCAAAAAAUAAUUGACCCAUCGAAUUUUGAAUUUGCAUCUGAUGAUGACUUUUGGCUGAAUUCCGGUCCAGAAGCACAAUUUUUCGAGUCAAAUCAAGUUGAAUUAAAAGGAGAAAAAGCUUGUUUCCGAAGAAUGGUUUCGGGUAAACGCAUUGUCCAUGCGUUUGUACAAAAAUCAAUGGAUUGCAAUAAAUUGCAAGAUUGUUAUCGGAUGUGUGAGCACGAAGGAUCAUUUAGGUGUGAAGGUUUUAAUUACAGAGCUCAGGCAAGCGGUAAAAGUAUCUGCGAACUAACAUCUACGCCGGCUAAUCGGAUUAACAUCCACAGAGACUUUACUCAGGAUCGCCGAUGUGACUUUUACGAACGAGAUUGGACACAUCACUGUUUUCACGGACAAAAUAAGCCCAAACCAUCGCAGAAUUGGUGGUCGACUCCCCAACCUUGGAGCACAGGUGGACAAAAAGAUUACCCAUUAAUUCCAAAAGAUUUCCGACCUUGGAACACAAACAGGCCAAGAGAUUAUCCGUUAAUUCCAAAAGAGCCACGACCGAGACCUAUUGCUCCGCAGCCAGUGCCUUACGGAGGAUCUUUCAAUGAAAACACUCAGCUUACCAUUGACAUCAGACCAAUCGACUCUGGAAGGCGCCCAGUUCCAGAAUCGGAUUUAAACCACGAUCAUUCGUGGUUCCGACCUGGUUCAAAUGAAGAUAGACCUUUGCCAGUGCGUCCUAUAGAAGAUUACUAUCCUCCUUAUGAUAACAAAAGACCUGAACGACCAACAGGAAAUGAUUUCUACAACUAUAAUCAUAAAAGUCGCGAGCACCAAAGACCUUAUUUACCUAUGAGGUCUGGAGAUUUUGGUGGAUACAAUGGAAACGGAUAUUCUUAUGGCCAUCCUGGAUCAAAUAGAUGGCUAGGAUCCCAUAUUCCAAAGUAUCCUCAAAGAAAAUAUGGAUAUGGAUAUGGACCUGAUCCAGAAACAAAUGAAAUAGCUCCGUACAAUCCUGAACGUAGAAAACCAUCAAAAUCAGGAUAUUGGGAUUCAUAUGGUCCUUCAUAUGCUGACAGAUAUCGCGAUCAUUAUGCUGGAGACUAUAAACCCCUAAUUCCACUAGACCGAGAACAUAUACCUCCACCUCUGCCUCUUCAUCCUUCUCUAGCUAAUAAAGACCGUGACUAUCCUGGAUUGUACAAUAAUUACGGAGGAGCUUACGGUUAUUCAAAUAAUCCAAUUUCGCCACCGAAAAAUUCACCACCUCAUUCACGACAAUGCUCCGUUAGGUCUGCUGGUGGUUUCAGGCUGGCACGAGGUAUUAUACGAAAAAGUUAUCUCACUCCAAAUUUAGAGCAGUGCCAAAAUUUAUGCGAUGAACAGCAAGAUUUUUCUUGCCUUUCAUUUGCUUACAGGUAUAAUUUAGCGGCCACUUCACCAUCAGAUAAUUGUCUUUUAAGUGACAUAGUCUUUGAGAAUCUUGUAUUUUACACCGACCUUGAGCCCGAUCGUGAUUAUGAUAUCUAUGCCAUGACAAGAAACUCUAAAUUUUGCCAAGCUUAUACAAGACCGUCAAAUUCUAGACGUCCCCAUUCACCAGAUGAAUGUUUUUGGCGCGUUAGAAGUGGUUUUAGUAUGCCGCCUCCAGUAAUAAAAAAACCAAUGCGCGUCGACGGUAUGGGUGAAUGUCAAGUUCAUUGCGUUGGAUCACGAGACUUUACAUGUCGGAGUUUUGUCUUUAGGUACGAAACUCAUUUACCCAAUGGACAACCAAAUUGCUUCUUGAGCGAUUGGCCAGCAGUUGAAAUCAAACAAGAAACGAUGCAAGAUAUGAACGGCGCUGAAUUAUACGAAAGAGGUAGUUUUGGACGUGGUUGUGAGCCUCAUUAUCCAGUAGCGCAUCCAGAUCCUGUUGGACAUCGUCCAGUUGAUCGUAAACCUCUGCGGCCGGACGAUGCUUUCUGUUAUACUGGGUUCGAAAGGCCGUGCAAAUUAACUCCAUAUGCAAUAAUAUUAACACUGAAAGUCGGAUCUGAAGCUGAGUGUCGUCGAAAAUGUUCAAGUAUGAGACAUCGAGAUCCAUCACCAUGCAUGUCUUAUAAUUACAGAAUUGAUAACAACCCUCAAGGUGACAAUUGUUACCUCAGUGAUGUAUCUUCACGAGAUCUACGUCCCGGCUUGGACUAUAAUCAUGACGACGAUUACAUACUUUACGUUUGGAAAGAAUUGGAAUCUAGAUGCUCAGCCGACGAUAGUUAUGACGAUAAGCAACCGAGCUACUAUCCACUUCCUAAUCCAUCGAGACCAAAUAUUUAUCAUCCAUCAUCAAAUAUACCGUAUGCAAAGCCAGAUGAUCCUUAUUACUACGACAUAGCUAUUCCAGAUUCAGUAAAACCGGGAGUUACUGCAUUGGGGCCAGCUUAUGACAUUGAUGGGCAUCCAGAAAUUCACAACAACGUUCAUGAAAAAUUUUUUUUCUCAACACGUCCUGAUGAGUCAUCGGUGUUCCGUCGUUAUACUGUCAAUGGUUACCCGUGCAAAAGAGGAACAAAGUGUGAAAGAAAUAGAUUGGCAGGAUUUUGGACUUGUGAACCGGAAGGCUCUGAGCCGGGUGUUUGGGAUUACUGUUGUGAUCCUGGUCAUCAACACUGGCCUAUAACUUUUCUACACGGCGAGCCUCCGCCUAAUGGUACUGAUUCUAUUCCAUUAUCUGUCGAUGCUUCCGAUCGGAGUUCAAAUGAAUCCAAUGACAAACCCAAUGAAGUACACGGAGGGUUGAAAAAUUCAAGCAGGUAUAGGCUUCAUACCAAGAGACGGGAAAUAGAGCCUGUCUUUUCAUCUUCAACAAUAUUUUUAUCAACUUCAACUUCUUCUUUGCCAUCGUCAUCCUCUUCAUCGCUACCAUCUACAACACCAUCUUCAGCCUCUACAUCUAUUUCGUCUUCUACUUCAAUUUCUUCAUCUUCAGGUCCUACAAUAAAUAAACGUAAAAGAAAUAAAAUAAAUCUUGUACCGAUUAGAAUAAUUAGAAAUAAGUCUAAUACCACUGGAAAAUAUGUCAUAAGAAGACUAAGACCGCGGUUAAAAGGAUUUUCCAAUGCUAAUACUUCAUUGGACUAUUCUACAAAAUUUUCACAAGAUGAAAAUACUGGACAGUAUUAUAUUACAAAAAAAUUGAACGCAGAAUUAUCGACAGCAUCUAAUGGUACAAAACGCGCGCAACCUACUGCUAAAAUUGAAAGAUUUAUGAUACGAGAUAACUCAAUUAAUGACAAUAAUAAAACAACAGAAUUGCAACCUGUUACUGUCGCGUCAACCAAAUGGUCAAAUAAUUCUAAAGUCACUGCCCCGAGUGUAACAGUGAGAGUGAAAAAUGACAUUAUUCAUUUAAAUGACACUACGCAAUAG